GUGUGGGAACGAUCUGUCGAAAGGCUAAAUGCCGUAUUUACCUAUUUUAAUUACUUAAUCCAUUUAUGUUUCGGCACUAUCUUGAGUUUUUCAUUUUUUCAAAGCGGUGUAAAGUUAACGGAAAAUAAUUCCUAGAAGAUCUAACCAACAACUUAAAGAAAUCAUUUUAAGGCGGUCGCAUCACGUACUGGAAGGGCAAUGUUUGCCAAGAAGAAAAAGAAACCACAAAUAUCUACUCCAACAAAUUUUGAACAUCGUGUACAUACAGGGUUUGAUAAACGUGAGGGAAAAUUCAUUGGACUUCCAUUACAAUGGGCUUCUAUCGUUGGAAACAAUCAAAUUUUAAAAUCUACAAAUAGACCGUUACCUUUGGUAGACCCAAGUGAAAUUACACCCACAGAAAUUUUAGACUUGAAAACUAUCGUUCGAGGUCACAAUGAUCCAAAAGGAAGAACUUCUACCAGUGAGAAAAAUACUGAAAAUGGAUUACCCAAGACAAGCACAGUUGCUAGAUCUAAUUCCCUUCGUUCUUCAAGUCCACCCAGACUUAGAAGGGAUUAUAGGCAUAAUAGUAAUUUGCCACCAUCUGUGCCAGAAGGUCAAGAAAUAUCAUCUGGUGCUAAUCAAAUACAGGGAUAUGCUAACUUUGGAAAGCAACAGAAUUAUCUUGAUAAAUUGAGACAGAAUUCGUCCAAUGUUGCAAGUGGAUUACAUCCUAAUACACAAAAUAUGAUUCCAAAUCUUCAAAAUCUUAAUCCAAAUAUGCAGUCAUCUCCUAAUUUAACACACGUUAAUUCGAAUGCCCCAAAUUUAUCUUUAAAUUUUCAAAAUUUAAGUCCUAUUACAACUCCACAGUGUCCUAUUCAAAGCCCUAGCACUCCUCAACUCGUAGAUACUGAGUUUCAUAGGCUAAAUACACAGGUGACCGCAACAUCUGGUCAAUACAAUGGAAAUGUACAGGCUUCGAGUAUUGAGGCAUCCUCGAGGGAUCAACAAAUAACUCAAAAUACCCUUUUGCAUAAGCUACAACCUAAAAUUUCACCUGUAGGAUCUAUCGCUUCACAGCGACCAUUGAGCCAGUUGAGUACGCAUAAUGUUAAUAAAUAUUCACAAGCGUAUAGUACACCAGAAAAUUCGUCCAUUUUACAAUCUCAUAUUAAGAAACCUAUUGAAACGUCUCAAUCGAUGCAUAACUUGUCAAAAUCCAAUCUACCGUCCUCUGGAAACAGUUCGACUCCAGACCAAAAUCAAAAUAUGAAAAGUGCUUUGUCCUCGGGAAAUCUAGCUGUCGGUUCAAGUUCGAAUACGGCGAAUAAACAAACAGCGGAACAAAGACUCACUCAUGAACAAUUUCGAGCGGCUUUACAGAUGGUGGUAAGUCGAGGCGAUCCAAGAGAAAAUUUAGAAAAUUUUCUUAAAAUCGGUGAAGGAAGUACCGGAACAGUAUGUAUAGCGACUGAAAAAAAUACAAAUCGGCAAGUGGCAGUGAAGAAAAUGGAUCUGAGAAAACAGCAAAGGCGUGAAUUGCUCUUUAAUGAAGUGGUUAUCAUGAGAGAUUAUCACCACCCGAACAUUGUUGAAAUGUAUGACAGUUUUUUAGUAGAUGACGAAUUAUGGGUCGUGAUGGAAUACCUUGAAGGUGGAGCGCUUACGGACAUAGUCACGCAUUCUCGUAUGGACGAAAGUCAGAUUGCAACAGUGUGUUCUCAGUGCCUGAAGCCACUUGCAUAUUUACAUUCCCAAGGUGUCAUUCAUAGGGACAUUAAAUCUGAUUCUAUACUAUUAACGGCUGACGGUAGGGUGAAGUUAUCCGACUUUGGUUUUUGUGCUCAAGUAUCCCAAGAAUUGCCUAGGCGAAAAUCUCUUGUUGGAACGCCAUAUUGGAUGAGUCCGGAAGUUAUAUCUAGGUUGCCAUACGGUCCCGAAGUAGACAUUUGGUCAUUAGGUAUAAUGAUCAUCGAAAUGGUUGACGGAGAGCCACCGUUUUUUAAUGAACCUCCUUUACAGGCUAUGAGACGCAUUAGAGAUAUGCCUCCUCCAAAACUGAAAAAUUCUCAUAAAGUUAGUCCGCGUCUUCAAGGUUUUUUGGAAAGAAUGCUCGUUCGUGAUCCAGCGCAAAGAGCCACGGCUACUGAAUUGUUACAACAUCCGUUUCUUCGGCAAGCGCAGAGUCCAAGUAUUUUAAUUCCAUUAAUGAGAGGUUCCAGACAUACGAACUGCUGACAAGUCAGUGUAAAAAAGAAAAGAAAAACGAGCGUGGUAAUUGAUUCAU